GCAAGGCUCCAGUGGGGCAGGCUGCUGAUAAGCCAAGGGUUGGGGUCAGGAGCCGGUUUGGCAGCAUAAUGGCAGGCUUGCGGAUGGACUGUCACUAGAGUUCAGAUAUCAGGGAUGUUUCAAUCAGAACACUACCAUCAAAGGGGCAGAGAAUGACAAGAUAUAAUUCAGGACAUUGUGAGUGCCAUUAAAGAUGUCCGAUAGUGUCGAUAUUGAAGAGAAACCGCCAGCCCCUCCCUUGAGAAUGAACAGCAACAAUCGCGACUCUCCCGCAGCAAACCACAGCUCCAAACCUCUCCCAAUGGCUCCCGAAGAGAAGAACAAGAAAGCCCGCCUUCGCUCCAUCUUCCCUGGGGGAGGAGAUAAAACCAAUAAGAAGAAAGAGAAGGAGCGUCCUGAAAUCUCUCUCCCCUCAGACUUUGAACACACCAUUCACGUGGGCUUCGACGCAGUGACAGGGGAGUUCACUGGAAUCCCAGAGCAGUGGGCCAGGCUGCUCCAGACCUCUAACAUCACCAAACUGGAGCAGAAGAAGAACCCUCAGGCUGUGCUGGACGUGCUCAAGUUCUACGAUUCCAAAGAGACUGUGAAUAACCAGAAGUACAUGAGCUUCACUUCUGGAGACAAAUCUGCACAUGGUUACAUAGCACCCAACACGCUGUUAAUGCCGUCUCGUAGCAGCGGGCAUCUGCUGUCUGAUAGAAGCCGGCUGGAGCUGGAAGCUGAUUGGCUGAUGACUCGACUCCUGUCAUUCGGGGCUCCCGUUACCCUCAGAACCCACUACGCUACACUAUAUGACAAGAGCACAAAGACAGCAUCAGAGCCGCCGCUAGCGCCCCCUGUGUCGGAAGAGGAGGAUGACGAUGAAGAAGAAGAGGACGAUGAUGAUAAUGAACCCCCUCCUGUCAUCGCACCGAGGCCGGAGCACACCAAAUCAAUCUACACCCGCUCUGUCAUUGAGCCUGCAGCUCCCACAGCACCAAUGAAGGAGGCCAGCACCUCACCAGUGUCCUCAAUCCCAGACAACACCACAAGCACGACCAGCACUUUGUACAGACACACUGACAGGCAGAGGAAAAAGUCCAAGAUGACAGACGAGGAGAUACUGGAACGAUUAAGAAGCAUAGUGAGUGUUGGCUACCCCAAAAAGAAAUAUACACGCUUUGAAAAAAUUGGACAAGGGGCAUCAGGAACAGUGUACACAGCAAUUGACAUUGCGACUGGGCAAGAGGUGGCAAUCAAACAGAUGAACCUGCAGCAGCAGCCCAAGAAGGAGUUGAUAAUUAAUGAAAUUCUGGUGAUGAGGGAAAAUAAAAACCCCAAUAUUGUCAACUAUCUGGACAGCUAUCUGGUGGGAGAUGAGCUGUGGGUGGUGAUGGAGUACCUGGCGGGGGGCUCGCUCACAGACGUAGUGACAGAGACCUGCAUGGACGAAGGACAGAUUGCAGCCGUCUGCAGGGAGUGUCUCCAAGCCUUGGAUUUCCUGCACUCCAACCAGGUGAUCCAUCGAGACAUCAAAAGCGACAACAUUCUCCUUGGAAUGGACGGAUCUGUGAAAUUAACUGAUUUUGGGUUCUGUGCCCAGAUCACCCCGGAGCAGAACAAGCGCAGCACCAUGGUGGGCACCCCGUACUGGAUGGCCCCUGAGGUGGUGACCCGGAAAGCGUAUGGUCCCAAAGUGGACAUCUGGUCCCUGGGGAUCAUGGCAAUAGAGAUGGUGGAAGGAGAGCCACCUUAUCUUAACGAAAACCCUCUCAGGGCCUUGUAUCUCAUUGCUACUAAUGGAACCCCAGAGCUGCAGAACCCUGAGAGGCUGUCCGCGGUGUUCCGAGACUUCCUGAACCGCUGUUUGGAAAUGGACGUGGAUAGAAGAGGAGCUGCUAAGGAACUCUUACAGCAUCCCUUCUUGAAGUUAGCUAAGCCCCUCUCCAGCCUGAGUCCUCUCAUCGUAGCUGCAAAGGAAGCUAUAAAAAACAACAGCCGCUGAGGAGCUGGUCUUCAACACAGACUCUCAAAAGAAGACACUGGGCCUCAUAGCAAAACCCUCAUCGACAGUGCUGUGGGAUUGACAGCCAACAGGACAGCACAAGGAAUUAAACAGAGCAUUCGCAAGCUCAGACCCUCUUUUGUUCUUUAAAAACUCUAUCGUGGAGCUUUUCCCAACACUGGGGUUAUCUACACCACCACGUCUGCUGCUGUAGUGUCUUCUGAAAAUGAUUAUUUUCAAGAAAAAAAAAAAACGGUGGAAUUAUCUAUCGUAGUUCUGUCACUCAAACUCGUAUCUGCAGCCUCUUCUUUCCCUUCAUCUCCUGCAGCCUGAACAUGAUGUGGAUUCCUUUGGUUCAUGCUGAUCACCUGGGCAUUUCAAAGAGGUGUUACAAAAGGAUUACUUCACUCCCAAAAGGGGGGAAUUGUACAACUUAAAUUAGCUCGUAGGUCGGUCUAACAUUCGAUUGGGAGGUUGCAAAUAUUUGCUGAUCAUAUACAAUUUCAAGGUGCCAAUAUGGCCGAAUUAGUCACUCAAAUUUAUUUUUCAAACAACAGUAGAAUUAUAUUAAGGAUGGAAAUGAAAUGAUAUUUCAAGUGCUGCAUUGCAGGUUUAUUUUUUGAACUCUAAAAACCAUCCCUCCAGGUUUCUCCUUCAAUGAAAAUCUCCCUUGUGUUGAUUAAACUGACUAAUCCGAGUGAGUCACUGUUGUCCAGAUAGUUAGUAAACUAUGGUACCACUGCUGACCACGAUGAGUUAUUCAUGGUACAGCAAUGACUAGGUGUGAUGUGCAGUCCUGUUCUGAAAUGCCAUGCUCUAACAAUGACAAUUGGUAUGAGGUGAACAUGAUUUGUGGUGCCAUGUACCAAGUGUCAUCUGGCAAUGGUUAACCAUGGAAAAUCAGGGCUGACCAUGUUAGCACUUCAUGAAAAAAAAGCAUGUUGAAACCUAAUUUAAAAGUUGUAAGAAUAUAUUGCUUGUACUACAAUUUGGAAUACGCAGAAUGCCAGGAAUGUUGUAGUUGACAAAAUCUGUGUAUCUUCAAUUGAAGUAUUAAAAACAAGCAAAAAAUCUAAAGAUUAUCAACACAAAAAAAGUGGAAGCAAUGACAAUUUUAUAAUACAGCAUGCUAUUCUAGACUCAGAUACAGCACCGCCCCUGGUGUUAUGCAAUCCAAUAUUAAUGCAUUGUUUGUUUGCCUUGUUGUAAUAAGAUGGUUUGCCAUGUCUGACAUCUUGACUAGCUUGUCAAGGUUUUAUUAGAUUUCUUUUAGGGUUGCUACACAUGCUACCAUUAUGUUUCAUACUAAUGGAAGUGCUGACGCUGUCCACCACUGCUGUAAUAUAGGAAAGCUGCAUCUCCCUUUUAUUCACGAUGGUCAAGACAGCAAAUCUGACAAACUUUGAGAGAGUGCCGGUAAUAAAUUGUGGAUUGAAAAAUUAAGGCAGUAAUUAUUACUGAAUGGAGCGAUGCUGGUUGCACCAUAGUUGGCCAACACCCUAUUGACAGUGUUAUGGCAGGUACUUGUGUUGUUAAACCCCUGUAUUCUUUUUUUAAGGUCAAUGUUGGACUGAUAGGACACAAUAUUAUGAUUUGCAUUCCUUGGGCUGGCUAUGGAGUGUAAUAAGAGAUGUGCUUGCUUCUUGUCUCAAACAUUGGAGGAGAUAUCAUGGCAGGACAGGGUUCCAAUCAAGUUUUGAGGACCCUGGCAGGCUUUGGGUUGAGACAAUGAGCACAAAAAUCCCUGCCUUUAACCCCGGGCUCAGUCAGAAAGACAUUGAAGAGGAUGUAUUUAACUAUGUUCAGCAUCUUCCGGCAUCGACACUGUAUCAUAAUUUCCUGUACAUUCCUUUUUUGGAUGAUGUGUAAACCUGUAAAUGUGACGUGGAACUCCCCUAUAACUGUGUGUUAAAAACAAAUGUGGUUUUCUUUUUUUAAUUAUUUAAUUUAUAAAGUGCUGAUCAUCUCGUAUACUUCAGCAUUAAAUGUUUUGUUUUGUUUUUUAAAAGAAAAAAACUUCAAUUGUUUGCGAUAAGCUAUUUUUAACUGUGGUUGAAGCAAUAGAAAUUUUUAAUUAUGGAUUGUGCAUGGCUGUGUCUUGAGUGUAAACAAAAAAAUAGUUUGGAAAUUGGACCUAAAUAAAAACAUUCUAAACAGAAUGUUCUUUUUAUUGUAUUCUAUUGCACUUGUGCUGUUCCUCAAAUAUUAGCAUUCAUUUCUGGAAAAUCUCUAUGCAAAAUGAGGGAUAUCCAGGAAAAAAAAAAAAAAAAAAAACACAACCACAAUUUAGAAAUAUUGGAGGAUUAUAAAGUUAUUUUAUAACAGCAGUGUCUUUUUUUGUCUUUUAAGUUUAUCUUAGCCUGCUAAAUAAUGACCAAUAAAGUGCAGGAUUAACUGAAAGCAAAAACUUUGCAAACAGAGAUUGCUUGUGCCAGAUGAUAUUUUAUAAAAUGAAAAUACAUGUUUGCUAUAAAAUGUGUUUAUUUCAAAACUGCACAUUUGAGACCCGGGUGUUGCACAACAGAUCCAUGGGAUAUUGUUUGCUAGCUGCAAUCACUUUAAAAGUUAAAAAGCUAGUAUCUUCUGGUGACAUUGAGUUUGAAUUUGUUUUACUGUUCCUUAUCAUUUUGUGUUUGUGAUUCUCAAUGCAAUUACUAACUGCUUGAUAAGGUGUUGAUGGGCUUUGAGUUCAAGAGCUGCCCUUCAGUUUAGUUGCCUGCCACAGACAUAUGUAGCAUUGGCUAGAUACAGCUACACUGUCUUCAUAUUAGUGAGCACCAGCACCAUCUAGCGCACGGCAGUAUAUUGGCAGCAAAGCAAACUAGAUGGCACUGGCUCUUGCUUCUAUUAAAAGCCUUUGACAAGCUUGUGUUACAUAUAUCUAUGGCAGGCACCUAAACUGAAGAGCAGAUCCUAUACUUGUGUGGAAGAAGAAAACACAAGAAGCAUGAUUGUAAACACAAAAAGAUAAAGAGACAGUUAAAAAACAAAGACAGUGACAUGUGAAGCUACUGGCGCUUUAAAUAUGGAAAGUGUACAAAGCAGUAAGGCAGGAUAUGCAAAACUCUCUCAUCUCGAGGCAGAGAUAACACAAUGGCUAAUGCUUCAUUCAACACCAUGAGCAACCAUUUUGCAUCAUGUCAGCCAAGAGUAAUAAAUUCGCUCUCUGCAGAAUGAAACUCACCACUAGGAGUCCCUCAGGAUCUAUUUUUGUCUCCAAUUCAAUCAUUACAGGGAACAGUGGAGUUAUUACACACCCUACAUGUCCAUCACCACAAGGUGUAAUUGAUACACACUGUAUCGAGCAGGUUCGGAAGCAUUUAAACUAGAAAGGAAG